CUCGCCCGACAACCACAACAAACGUAAAGCUCAUCGGGUCAUGGAGUUUGCAGAGCUGAUAAAAACCCCCCGGGUGGACGGGGUGGUCCUGCACCGGCCCUUCAUGCCCACCGUGGAGGGGACCCUGUGUCUGACUGGUCACCACCUCAUUCUCUCCUCCAGGCAGGACAACACGGAGGAGCUGUGGCUGCUCCACUCCAACAUAGACUCCACAGAGAAGAGAUUUGUGGGUUCUCUAGGAACCAUUAUUGUCAAAUGCAAAGACCUGAGGGUGAUCCAGUUGGACAUCCCCGGUAUGGAGGAGUGUCUCAACGUUUCCAGCUCCAUUGAGGCCCUGUCCACACUUGAUUCCCCACCCCUGAUGUAUCCUUACUUUUACCGGCCCAUGUUUGAGGUCAUAGAAGAUGGCUGGAAUUCUUUCCUUCCACAGAAUGCCUUCAAAGAUUUGGAGUCUAUGACUGAUGAGUGGCGGUUGAGUGAAGUCAACAAGGACUUUACCGUGUGCCCGACAUAUCCCCCUCUAGUGGCGGUGCCCAAAGACAUCGAUGACGACACACUAAGAAAAGUAGCUACCUUUCGUCACAGUGGCCGCUUUCCAGUACUUAGCUAUUACCAUAAAAAGAAUGGCAUGGUGAUGAUGCGAGCAGGACAGCCUCUGACUGGAACCAAUGGGCGGCGGUGUAAGGAAGACGAAAAGCUGAUCAACGCCACUCUGCGGCCCGGAAAACGUGGCUACAUCAUCGACACGCGCACCAUCAAUAUUGCUCAGCAGGCCAAAGCUCGAGGUGGAGGGUUUGAGUCUGAGGCUAACUACCCCCAGUGGAGGAGGAUCCACAAGACCAUUGAAAGGGCUAAUGUCCUCCAGGAGGGUCUGAUUAAGCUGGUAGAAGCAUGUAACGACCAGUCACACAGCAUGGACCGCUGGUUAAGCAAACUGGAGGCUUCCAGUUGGCAGACUCAUGUCAAGGAGAUCCUCACCACUGCUUGUCUGGCUGCUCAGUGUAUUGACAGGGAGGGAGCAUCGGUGCUCGUUCAUGGUACAGAAGGGACAGACUCGACUCUGCAGGUGACGUCCUUGGCUCAGAUCAUCCUCGAUCCAGCCUGCAGGACCAUCAGAGGCUUCCAGGCCCUGGUGGAGCGAGAGUGGCUCCAGGCGGGUCACCCCUUCCAGCAGCGCUGUGCCCAGUCAGCCUACUCCAACAACAAGUCCCGCCAAGAGGCGCCUGUCUUCCUGCUCUUCCUGGACUGUGUGUGGCAGAUCCUUCGCCAGUUCCCCUGCUCCUUUGAAUUCAGCGAGAGUUUCCUGGUGCUGCUCUUCGAACACGCCUAUGCUUCUCAGUUUGGUACUUUCCUGGGAAACAGUGCAGCCGAAAAAGCAAAACUAUCUCUGCCUGAGAAGACCGUGUCCCUGUGGUCAUGGGUGAAUCGGCCCCAGGAGCUGGAGCGUCUUACCUACCCGCUCUAUGAAGCCAACAGUCUGGUGAUCUGGCCCUCUGUGGCCCCUCAGAGCCUGCUGCUAUGGGAAGGUGUGUUCCUUCGCUGGAACCGCUCCCCCAAGUGUUUGGACGAAGCCUAUGAAGAAAUGGUUCAUAUAAUCGAAUACAACAAGGAGCUGCAGAACAAAGUAAACAGCCUCCGCAGGCAGCUGGCCCAGUUGGAAACUGAAGAUCCUCUGCUUCAAACACCAUAGCGAGUGUGACAGAGACUGACGGAGGUAGAAAAUGUAAAAAAUAUAUACAAAUAUAAAAGCAGAUGUGAUUCAGUCUGGUUUUAGGCUUCUUGUGCUGAUUGUUUUUACUUUUUGUCCCUGACCACAUGAAAAAGGGAAGUGAAAUAGACCCUACGACUCCACUAGGUGAACUCCUCUAAGCUGUAAUUCUGGGAAAUGACUGGAACAUUGGGUCAGGAAAAGUUGUCUUUCCAAAUAGACAUUUUCUAGAAGUACUACUUUGUUUCUAAUUUAGUUUUGUGUCCGUUGCAUGCUAGUAAAUAAACAUCCACUCAAAUUC